AUGGGCUACAUCCUCUACUCUCUUACCUUUUUCGUGCUUGUUACUGCAACCGUCGCGUACUUCACCAGACAUCACUGGUUACACCGUCUCCCGAUCCCCGAACCCAUCUACCAGCGCCUACCCACCUCCUUUCGCGAUGACAUAGAAGCCGGACUUUCAUCUUCUGCCUUCGACCUGAAUACGAACCUAGAAGCCGGCGACUCGCGACAAGGGCUAGACGAUGCAGGGAAGCGCGAGGUGCAGAGGAUCAUGAAGAGGAGAGGAGUCGACUUUGACGAAGCGCGACGGCUGUACAUGCAGGAUCGGUUCAAGAAGAACAACAUCGGACCAGACGGAUUGCCACGCGACCCGAAAUUCGUUAGCUUCUCGUGA